UUAUCCUAUGGCCAAUUUAUUCACAUGGUUUGACGCUUAGCCAUGCUUUUCAGAAAGCAUGGAGUUCCAUUUGAUUUCUGAACCAUGCAAGACCACACGGUAGGUCUUACCAUAAUGGCAAUCUCGCCGCCUGAAUAGGUAGACCACAACACGAAGCCCACUCAUGACUCUAUUAUCUCGCUGAGUUCCAAGAUGAGCCGUUCCUGUGGUCAUCCGAACCUGGUGGUUAUGCUUCUUUGCACAGCAUGCUUACUCCUUAUCGAAACCGACGUACUUGUGCUCUGGAUUCUACUUAAAGUAGAGAGAACACCCUCACAAGCGUCAUUUAUCUACACUUGUUUUACGAUUAUUGUGCUGUACUGGGCUUGUGUCUGGCUAUAUCUGAAGAUGUCAAGAGCGCCUGAUUAUCUUUAUUUCCUACCAGGGAGUUCUAAAGGUCCGGCUAUCGCCUCAAAUCGGCCGGAUAUGACACUGACCGAUUACAGAGAAUCCGAUUGUGAUUGAUGACGAUGACGGCUAUGCAACUCUCUCUCUAUCUGGGGCAAGUGAUGGUAUGUAAUAUCUAUCUCUAGCCAUGGGCAUGGUG